AUGAAGACUUUUAGCAUACGAAAAGUACUGGUAUACGCACAGUUGCUGUCCACGGCUGUUCUAGCACAUUCUGUCCGGCGCACGGAGCCCAAACUGCUACACACGGUGCAAGACGUCACCUUCACGCCGACGCUCUCACAAGAUGCAGCGCCCUCGCAGCUCGCCGUGUCGUUUACGCCGUCCGGCUCUACGCGGCGCGUGACGCUCUCGCUACAUCGCGACGAGGAUAUCUACACACAGCCCGUGACGGUGCACCGCAUCCGCGCCGACGGCUCCGUCCGCAGCUCUGAGACGACGCCGGCGGGCGACCACCUCGUCUACCGCGGCACCGCAUCGACGCAUGGGCACGCGGGGCGUGAGGAGGAGGAGUGGGCGCGCGUGUCGGUGCACGUCAGCCACGGGCUGCCGCUGCUCGAAGGCGCCUACUUUGUCGACGGCUUCGAGUACCACAUCCAGACGGACGCGACCUACCGCCGCACGCGCAGCGAGCACGACGCCGCGCCCGCGGUGGCCCAUCGGCCGUACAAUGUCGUCUGGCGGUACGUCGACGACCACAUCGGCUCACUCGUGCAGCAGCGCGCCGCCGAGCAGCCCACGUGCGGCCUCGACAGCCUCGAGGGAAACAACAGCCUCGAGAGACGGCAGCGCGGUGGCAGCGGCGACACGACGGACAGUCUGGUGCAGACCAUUGGCUCCACCAGCGGGUGUCCAUCGACGCGCGCGAUUGCGCUGCUGGGCAUCGCGACCGACUGCUCGUAUACGGCGCAGUUUAGCUCCGAUCAGGAGAUUCGGCGCAACAUUCUAACGCAGGUCAGCACGGCGUCGCGCGUGUACGAAUCGGCAUUCAACGUGCAGCUGCGCGUGCGCAACAUUACCAUUUCCGACGCCGCGUGUCCCAGCGGCUCUUCUGGCCUGUCGUGGAACCGGGCCUGCGCUGCUAGUCUCUCGAUUGGCGACCGGCUGAACGAGUUCUCGCGGUGGAAGGCCGGCUUCGACGACCGUGCGGCCGCGUGGACGCUGCUGACGGCGUGCCCGUCGGGCUCGACGGUGGGCAUCGCGUGGAUCCGCAGCGUGUGUCAGCCGGGCGUCUUGGUGCGCGGCGCGGUGCGCUCGACACCGAGCACCAACGUGGUAGCGCGGACGGCGGCCGAGUGGCAGGUGCUGGCGCACGAACUGGGCCACAAUUUCGGCGCCGUGCACGACUGCACAUCGGCGUGCGCGGGCGGCGCCGAGGGCCUGUGCUGCCCGCUGAGCAGCAGCAGUAACUGCGACGCGCGCGGACAGUACAUGAUGAAUCCGUCGGUGAGCUCGCGCGUGACGGAAUUCUCGCCGUGCUCCAUCGGGCAGGUGUGCGCGGCAUGGGGCGGCGGAAACAUCAACACGGCGUGUCUGAGCGGCAACGAUGACGUGCCGACCGUGUCCGAGUCGGUGUGCGGCAACGGCGUCGUGGACGCGGGGGAGGACUGCGACUGCGGUGGGCCCGAGGGCUGCGGGGACAAUGCGUGCUGCAACCCGACGACGUGCCGGUUCACGGCCGGAGCAGUGUGCGACCCGUCGAGGCAGCGCUGCUGCACGGCGCAGUGCGGGCUCGCGGCCAGCGGACAGGUCUGCCGCGAGAGCAUCGGCCUGUGCGACCCCGAGGAGACGUGCGGCGGGAGCACGGCCGACUGCCCGCGCGACGAGCAGCUGCCGGACGGGCAGGCGUGCGGCGACGGCGGGCAGGGGCUGACGUGCGCCACGGGCAUGUGCACGUCGCGGGCGCUGCAGUGCUCCAAGCUGCUGACGUCCAACAACAGCACCUCUACGGUGAGCGCGGGCGGCGGCAACGUGACGGCCGAGGCGUGCAGCGCGACGGGCUGCGAGCUCAACUGCCUGCAGACGCUGGUCGACGGCGGGACGUGUCAGGCGAGCGCCAAGUUUUUCCGGGACGGUACGCCGUGCGGCGACGGCGCGCGGCGGUGCUCGAGCGGGACGUGUGUUGGGCAGGCGGCGGACGGCAGCAACGGAGGGGGGGACGCGGCGGCGUGGAUCAGAAACAACAGGACUCUUUUCAUCGUCCUCUGCGUGGUGGGCGGUGUUGCGGUGCUGGCGGUGCUGGCGUGGAUGCUGUGCUGCUGCUGCCGGUCGUCGAGUCGCGGGAGAGCAGUCGGGGCGCAGCAAACGAGGAUGGCGACGGCCAUGCGGCAGAGCGGUGCUGGUGGUGGUGUCGUGCCACAGCAGCAGGUGUGGCCGCAGCCGCCACCGAUGCGGCACACACAGAUGCAGACACCGGUGCCGGUGACCCGGACGGGCAGCAACCUACACCGAUACGCCUAG